GUGUGAAAUCGACACGUCAAGUAUUUCUAGGUCAAUGACUCAGCAGACGUUUCAUGCAGGUGUUUACGUUUCACGCGAUUCCUUUCACCAUUGCAAAACUGCACAGUGCACAUGGCCGUCAGCCCCGGAAACGAUUCAGAUAACAAUGUCUCUCAGAUGGCUGUGCAAUUUAUUAUGGCGAUCUGACUAGCAAACGUUACACCGAAUCGUAACGUGUGUAAAUUGCGCAGUUUGCUGUGCAUUGUCACUGCGUCACUGGCCGUAUACGCUCCCCUCGUCUACGAUAGCGCAUUGAUAUCGCCCAGCGGAUGUGGACAUCACCUCAGAUUCAUGCGAAUUGUACCACCUGGGGUGACGUGCGCUGGGACCUCAAAUACCGGUGGGCGCUGUCCGUGACGGCAUUGCCCUCAGUGCUCGCCCGUCGUCCUCUGAGACACGAGGAUCCCGCUGUUAUCCGACAGUCUCAGUGUUCAAUUCAGGAUGCGGUCGCCACCUCACCUGCUGCUGCCGUCGCUGAUGGUGACUCUGCUCGCGCUGCUGGGGCCCUCCGCCGGCGCCGUCACCGUCACCGUCGGCCUCUCCAUCAGCGACGUCCACUACGACAUGAAGGUCAACUCGGACGAGCGGCGCCAGGUCACCGACACGGCGCUGGUCACCGGCUGGCUGAGGACGGAGUGGACGGACGCGAGCCUGGCCCGGUCCGGCGGCGGGCAGACCAGCCGGCGCCUGUCGUCCACCGCCGAGAUGUGGCUGCCCGACAUCCGGCACCUCAACACCAUCGAGUCCGCCUCCCCCAGCCUGCUGACCAACAGCUCCGACGGCAUCGUCGACGCGUCGGGCAAGGUGCACUUCGAGACACCCGUCCGGUUCGCGGUGCGGUUCAUCCCCAAGGACUUUAACCGCUCGUUUGAGAUUCGUCUCGGCUCUCGGCUGAUGACCACGGCUGAGAUGAACCUGCAGCCGGCUGACGACACGUUGGAUGUUAGCGAGUACACCGGCUGGUACCUCACCAACACGUGGAUGUGGAAGAACGAGACCACCCGCGCCGGAUUCACCGAGCCCUUCUCACUGCUUGUGGCCGGCGUCUUCCCCACCGUCAUCUGAGUGAAACGGCGCGUGUUAUAAGAAAUAAUAAUAAAGUCAGUAAGAAAUAACAA